AAAGGAGAAAGAAAAGGAAAAUGAAGGAGAUUUUUAUUGGCUUGUGAGCUAUCUGGGUGCAAUCUGAGGUAAGGCAAGCAUUCCUAUGAUCCUGUAGCGCUAAAAGUUAUGGAAAACAAAAACAUGGAAGUUUAGGCGUGCUAAUGGACGCCUGCGCUACCGUUAUAUAUAUGCUCGAACCCACUAUCAAACUUUGCUAAGCUUGUGUGGUUCUGGUACUGGUGUUGGUGGGUCACUAAUUAUAGGAGUGGAGACAGAGAGGGUAUUUCUUCAAAACACAGUUGUUGUUCUUUGUUUUCUGGGGAAGAAGGGGAGAGAGAGAGGGAGAGGGAGAGGGAAAUGGAUAUGGAAAUGAAGCAAUCGAGAUUUAAAAGGAUUUGUGUGUUUUGUGGUAGUAGUCCAGGAAAGAAAAGCAGCUAUAAAGAUGCUGCUAUUGAGCUUGGAAAAGAAUUGGUAUCAAGAAAUAUUGACCUGGUUUAUGGAGGAGGGAGUAUUGGUUUAAUGGGGUUAAUUUCUCAAGCUGUUUUUGAUGGUGGCCGUCAUGUGAUUGGAGUUAUCCCCAAGACACUCAUGCCUAGAGAGAUCACUGGAGAAACAGUAGGUGAAGUGAAGGCUGUUGCUGAUAUGCACCAAAGGAAGGCUGAAAUGGCUAGACAUUCCGAUGCCUUUAUUGCCUUACCUGGUGGCUAUGGGACCCUUGAAGAGCUGCUUGAAGUCAUAACUUGGGCCCAGCUUGGCAUCCAUGACAAGCCGGUGGGAUUACUGAAUGUGGAUGGAUAUUACAACUCCCUGCUGUCAUUCAUUGACAAAGCGGUAGAGGAAGGCUUCAUCAAUCCAAGCGCACGCCAUAUAAUUGUAUCCGCCCCUACCCCAAGAGAGCUUGUCAAGAAAAUGGAGGAGUACUUUCCACGACAUGAAAUAGUGGCCUCAAAGCUAAGCUGGGAGAUUGAACAGUUAGGCUACCCUCCACAAUGUGAUAUCGCAAGGUGAAAGAGAUUGAUCCAUACAAAGAGAGGAAACAGAGCAUAAUAUAUGCUUUUGUCAAUGCAAUGGACUAAUUUUAGAUGACCAACAUAGUCUUCUUCUUCUUCUUCUUCUUCUCUUCUUCUUAUUGUGAAGUAAACUACAGACAAAAUCAACCUUAAGAUUCCAGGCAUGAUUGAUUCAUCUCUCCAAUGAAAAAUCUGGUGCUGUUUUGUUUUG